UUAAGAAUCAAAAUAUACAAAAGAUUGAAUUCGUUGGUAUAAAAGCUAGAUUUAAAUAUUAAUUUUAAAAUAAGUAGAGGUGAGAACAGCAUAUAUUUAUUUAUUGAUAGAAGAUAAAACAUCAGUGAUGAAAUUUUGAGUGGAUAUAUGAAUUAACAUUUAAGAAAUAGAUCCAAAAGUUAAUCAGAGAUUAUAGAAGAGAAAUUUUAUUUGUAGAAUUUAGAAGAUGCCAAACUUAUAAGCCAAAAAUCUUGCAUGCCGUAAAUUAAGCUUAAUGAUUUGGCAGACAUUGAAUUGAAAAAUAGCGUUGAAAAUUUAGAUGAAUAUAAAUAUCAUAACUAGGUGUACUUUAGCAAUAUUCCACUCAAAAAUAUAAACAGACAAAAUUAAUCUAAAAAGUAAACUAAUUUUGAUGAUGAUGCUGCUGCUGCCAGCAGUUAGAGUAGUUAAUAGUACUCGUUUAGGAGAAACAAAAUUGUUUUACCUAAAUUCAAUUAUCAUAACAAUCUAAUACAAAACAACUUUUAGCUUAUAUUUUAAAGUAAUGGCGAUAAACAGUAUCCAUAACUUGAAGAUGAGGGAGGAGAUUAACCACAAGUGGUUGAUCUAAAUCAAUAAGUAGUACCAAACAAGCCUACUAAUGAAAAAGAGUAAAUAAAAACAGAUUCUACACUCAAAACUUAAUCUAGAUCUGCUAGUGAGUUAUCUCAAAGAAAAAAUUAUUACUUUUAAGAUGACAAAAGUGUAAAUGCUGAAAAUUUAAAAUAAGGUCAAGCUAUUUCAAGACGUUCCAAAAGAUAGUCAUCCAAAUAAUAAAGACAGAAGAUUAUUGGAAAACCAUACGAUGUGAUAUUUAGAUGGUCUUAGUUUUUUGAGACCCUAAUUUAUUUUAUGAUUUUUGGAUUUUUAAUUGGUCCUUUAGCCACUUUAGUAGUUUACUUAAAAACUGGGUCUUUUCAUAUGGCGCAUAAUAUGGGGUUUUAUGUAAAAAGCACAUUUAAUUUGAUCACUUUAUACAUAUGCUUUGUCGGUAUUACAGUUAUGAUAUUUGUAAAGUUAAAUUCUACAGAAAAUAUUGUUUUGUAUUACUCAGAAUAUAUAUUUAUUAAUUUCUUGAUGUAUUUGAUGCUUUCAAUUAAGUUUGGCUACAUGCAUACUUUGAAGUAUUAGAAAUAUAAAACUAGCUAUUUGAAGGGAUCUGAUUUGAUUGAGGAUUAUUUAAGAAAAUAUUGGAAACACUAAGAUGCAAGUAUUAUAUAAAAAGAGUUGCAUAAUAGCAUACAGAGGAACGAAGUAGAACUUUCAACUUUCUGUUUGGAAUUUAUAAUAAAUCCUUCUUAACAAAUAAUGCAAAAGCUAGGACAAAAUUACAUAAAAAGACCUAAAUUAAAAAUACUUAACCAUGAAAGAAAUUUAGACAAUUUAGUACAUUGCUACAAUAUCAUUCUCUACUUGAUAGAUUAUUACAACUCUAAUUUUAGUAAUAAGAAUCUCACUUUAAAGUCUGUAUGCAUUGUUGUAGUAAGGAUCAUUUACAAUAUCUUCAUAAAGAUAUAUCCUGUGAUAAAUGGCGAUUUAAAAGUUGAUGUAUACUCUUUUAUUUGCUUUACUAUGAUUAUGAUUGUUGAAACAUAUUGUCUAUUCUACUUUAUAGAGAUUGCUUACAUUCUCCUGAAUGAUUUAAAGAGAAAAGAAUUUCUACUAAUUUAAUUAUCGUAUUUGAUUUCUCCUAAAAAAAUAGAAGCUAUCAACUAGUUCAACAGAAGAAAAAUUUUACCGACACUCACGAUGGGUUGUCCCAUAAGCAUAAGAUCUUGGGGAAAAAUGAGGCAAGUAAUUAUGGACUAUGGUAAAGUAUUUGAAAACAGGUCAAACUUUUUCCUUUCAUGCUACUUGCUUUUUAUAGAGGGAAUCACAAUAUUUGUAUUACUGAGUGUUUUUGGGAUUAUUAAAACAAAUUUGCAACUUAAUCUUCAGGAUAUAUUGAUCAUAGGGUAUGAUCUUUUGCUUUUUCUAAUUCUGACUUCUAAGUGCUUUAUGACUGCGGCCGCAAUAAAUGAACAGUCAACACUGCACUAAGGUAUAAUAAUGAAUAACAAAAUAAUAUUCACUGAGAUUUCUCUAAACUAUGAGUUAUAUUCAAAUAAAAAUAUUCACCUUACAAGCUGUGUGUACUCCACUUUAAUCAAUAGCUUUAGCAGAAUUGUAAAUGAAAUAGAGUAUAGCCACGUGGAUUAUGUAGAAUAUACUUGGUAGAUACAAGAGUUAUAUUAAAAUCUGAUUUAAGAAAUAGAUAUCUAUUAAUAAUACAGACCGAUGAAGGUAACAAACAUAGUGGUCUCAAAAAAUUUAGUAAUUUAAAUUUUCCUUUCUACUUUAUCUGCACUAGUGGCGUUAAUAUGGCAUUAAGAAUUAUAACCAUUGAUUUUUAAGGAUUUUUGAAUAAAUUAAACCAAAAAUGCAUCUUUUUCUUCAACAUAUAAACAUUUUACUUUUAUAAAACUAUAACUG